UCUCAACGCGCCUCAGCUAUCGAAACCGCUAAGCUAUCGAUAGCGAUUGCGUUAAUCGUACGGAAAUCGGAAAAACGUGUGCAAAAGCAAUAGCAAGCAACUAUGUCUGGACGCGAGGGCGGUAAGAAGAAGCCACUGAAGGCGCCUAAGAAGGACGCCAAGGACAUGGACGAGGACGACAUGGCUUUCAAGCAGAAGCAGAAGGAGCAGCAGAAGGCACUGGACGCGGCCAAGGCGAAUGCAUCCAAAAAGGGACCCCUGGUCGGUGGCGGGAUCAAAAAGUCGGGCAAGAAGUGAUGCCAUAGCGCCGCUGCCACGCCCACAAUCUACUCCAACCCCCUUACGUCCCGAACCCACUGGAUGCAGCAUUUUAGCCGAAUCACAGCCAUGUGGACCAAAAUUGAUCGUCUAACCAGUUGGAAAUCACAUCUUCUUUUUUAUACUUACGCUUACCAUUAAAUAGAGCAUUGUACGUCAGGAAA